UUUUGCAACCGCCCACAACUACGCUCUCUCUCUCUCUCUCUCUCUCUCUCUCUCUCUCUCUCUGUUUCCUUCUCUUCUCCUCUGGAAUCGGAUCGAAGACGAAGACAAUGAGGUUCUCGGCGAGCUUCUUCGAUCGCGCCUCCCAAGCUUUCCAUGGGAGCUCGACAUGGUCGAAGCUCCUCGUCGUCGUCGCCGCUAGUAGCGGCGGAGGUUUGGUGGCUUAUGCUGAUGCAAAAGCAGAUCUGGGCCUUGUGCCUUCUCAAGCAACUGAGAAGAAAAAGGUGCUGGUUGUAGGAACUGGUUGGGCCGGCACAAGUUUCUUAAAAACUCUUGAUGCUUCUAUGUACAAUGUUCAAGUGAUAUCACCUCGUAACUAUUUUGCAUUCACCCCUUUACUACCAAGUGUAACAUGUGGGACGGUGGAACCACGCAGUAUUGUUGAGCCGGUCCGCAAUAUCCUGAGAAAGAAAGGUGGAAUGAUUAAAUUUUGGGAAGCCGAGUGUUAUAAGAUUGAUCAGGUGAAUAAGAAGGUUCACUGCAGAUCUGAUAUAGGGACCAACUUGGAUGGUCAUGGUGAAUUUACUGUGGAUUAUGACUACUUGAUCAUUGCAGUUGGAGCAAAGCCCAAUACAUUCAACACCCCUGGUGUGGUGGAGAAUUGUCAUUUUUUGAAGGAAGUAGAGGAUGCUCAAAGAAUACGGAGGAGUGUAAUGACCUGUUUUGAGAGGGCUAACCUUCCAAACAUUAGUGAAGAAGAGAGAAAGAAAAAUUUGCAUUUUAUCAUCAUUGGUGGUGGCCCUACCGGUGUAGAAUUUGCUGCAGAGCUGCAUGAUUUUGUCGCUGAAGACUUAUCUAAGUUAUAUCCUCAUAUUAAAAACUUAGUGAGCAUAUCACUGAUCGAAGCUGGAGAUCAUAUUUUAACCAUGUUUGACAAAAGAAUCACUAAAUUUGCUGAAGAAAAAUUCCAGAGAGAUGGAAUAGAAGUGAAAACGAAUUUCCGAGUUGUGAAAGUGUCUGAUAAAGCCAUCUUUAUGACUAAUCCAGCAACCGGCGAGAUCUCUGUUCCCUAUGGAAUGGCUGUUUGGUCUACUGGAAUUGGGACACGGCCUGUCAUUUUGGACUUCAUGAAGCAAGUUGGUCAGGGUAAUAGGCGUGUAUUGGCGACCGACGAAUGGCUUAGGGUCCUCGGUUGUGAUGAUGUAUAUGCACUUGGUGAUUGCGCAACAAUAAGCCAAAGGAAAGUCAUGGAGGAUAUCUCUGCAAUAUUUCGCCUGGCAGACAAGGAUAACUCUGGAACAUUAACUGUGAAAGAAAUCAAAGAUGUGCUAGCUGACAUAUGUGAGAGGUAUCCUCAAGUGUCACUCUAUCUCAAGAGCAAACAGAUGAAGAACUUUUUAGAUCUGCUGAAGGAUUCAGAAGGAAACCAUGUGAAGGAAUCUAAAGAACUGGACAUAGAAGAGUUCAAGAAGGCACUUGCUAAUGUGGAUUCAAAGGUCAAGAUGCUUCCAGCAACAGCUCAGGUUGCUGCACAACAAGGUAAUUAUCUUGCUCGGUGCUUUAACAAAAUGAAAAUUUGUGAAGAACACCCUGAAGGCCCUCUUCGCAUAAGGGGAACAGGGCGUCACCGGUUUCACCCUUUUCGGUAUAAGCAUUUUGGCCAAUUUGCUCCGUUAGGUGGAGAGCAAACAGCUGCGCAGCUACCUGGAGAUUGGAUAUCAAUUGGUCACAGCACCCAGUGGCUAUGGUAUUCUGUGUAUGCAAGUAAGCAAGUGAGUUGGCGCACACGGUUCCUGGUGGUAUCCGACUGGAUGAAGCGGUUCAUCUUUGGUAGGGACUCGAGCUGCAUAUGAAGGGCUGAGCAAGAGCUUUAACCAUUCAUUCUACAUAGGAGAGUUUGCGGACCUGCAAAGGUAGUUUACAAACUACCUGCAUAUUGGAUCACUUCCUGGAUCUUUUAACCCCCUUAUUGUUUCUUUUUUUUCUUAUUACUAAAUCAUUUUUUCCACGUAUAAUUUGUGUGACCUUAUCUAUUGCUUGCAAAGGCGAGCGAGGUAUCGACGUGAAUUUUGAGUUUUUUGAGAUUUACUUUUUCCGUCUUUUUACUUUCAAGUUUCAAUAAACACAUCUUUACCAGAUAUGUAUCUUUGGAUAUUGUCUUUGACACUUUGAAAGAGAAGAUAUAGAUGUCAUAAGGUUAUUAUUUUCUA